AUGGCUGAUUUCUUUCAUGGUAUAUCUAUAAGUUCCUUAAUAGGUAUACUUAUAGUUAAGUUAACCACAUCAUCUUUCACAUUAUCAGUUAAAGAUAUUUGGUCAUUUGCUUCUGGUUUAAAAAUGAUAAUCAUAUGUUACGGAGUUAUAUUUCCUCACCCCAAGAUUGCUAAGCAUACAUCUUAUUCAUUUUUAAUACUAGCAUAUAGUUUAUCUAACUUUAUUCAUUUCAGUUAUUUUGCCUUUAAGGUAAAGACCAAGACUUCUCCUCGUUUCUUAUUCUGGUUGGAAUACUCUAACUUUUACUUAACAUACCCUAUGGCAUUAAUCUCAGAGAUGAUCUUACUUUUCCUCAGUCUUCAAUUCAUACCUGAUGAACUGAUUCAUGAACUUUUUACUAAAUUCGUUAUAUUGGCAUAUAUUCCUGUGGCUUAUAUAGUCUGGGGGUACUUAAAGAAUAGAAAACAAGUAAAGUAUACUCAAGUUAUUGAGAAGAGAGAUCGAGCAAGACAAGCAGCUCAGAAUGUGAAUGUUCCAGCUAAAGCUGUUGGAUCUACAGCAAUACCGUCAAUUCCAGAAGAAGUCGAGUUACGUACUUUAAAUUAG